GACACCCUACAGCUCACAGUGGAUGCCCCAAUGGUCUCUGAAGAGCUCACCAAGGACACAAGUGGUGCCACACGGAACAAUGGGGACACGCCACAGCUCCAUGAGAACACACCGGUCACUGAGGACACCCCAAGAGUCCCUGAAAAGACGUCACAGGAACCCAAAGACACCUCAAAGGUCAGCGGAGAUACCCCGAUAGUCUCUGAGGACACCCUUAAAGUACAUGUGGAUACUCAAAAGGUCCCAGAGGACACCCCACAGAACACACAAGUCAAUGAAGACACCUCAAUGGUUACUGAAGACACCCCACAGGACACACAGUACAAUUCACUGUUUAACCCGAAAGUCACUGAAAGUCACACUCCAAAGGUCACCCCAAGAGUCCCUGAAGACACGUCACAGGACUCCGAAGACGCCUCAAAAGUCAGUGAAAACUCUCCACAGAAAACACAGGACACCCCAAAAUUCACAAAGGACACCCCAACUGUCUCUGGGGAUAUCGGACAAACUCCUGGAGAUGGCACCCCACAGGAAAAUGAGAACAGCCCACUGGCAUAUCGCUGUAGUCUCUGCAACAAGGUUUUCAAAGGCAAACGUGUUAUAGCCCACGCCAUGUACCACUUCCGCAGGGACCAAUGUAUGUUCUGUAGGAUGCUGUUCAAAAACGACCUGCUCGCUAUGAUGCAUCUGUCCCAACACAUCGACAAGUUGAAAAAAGGAAACCUACCGCCUGAUAUUGAGGAGGUCCGUGAGAACUGUGAAGCUGGGAUGUCAGACACGCCUGGACGCUCAACGCAGAGGGGGAUACGGGGACGCAAGAGGAUCCCUGUAAACUCCACGGAGUCAACACCUCCGGAUUACAGGAAGCUACGGUCGACCAAUAGGAUCUCCUCUAUAAACUCCUCGGAGUCAACUCCACCGGAUCGCAGGAAGCUACGGUCUAACCCUAAGCUACUGUCGACCAAUAGGCUCUCAACUGACUCUCAACCUUCACCAGAUACUAAACUCGCAACAGAAGAGUCUGAAGGCAAGCAGUCGACACAGAGGGUCAAUGGACAGAGGGGCAGAAGACGAGUUAAGGUUGAAGGAACUGAGGGUGAUGGUGAUACUCAGGCAGAGGAACAAGAAAAGAUCAGUCGGAGGCAAGAGGAGGAGCACUCGGCUCUGGAACAGAGGGAGGAACCCGUGGAGAUCGCUACUUCUCUGGCGAAGACAUCACCAGGUGAACAAGGGGGAAGCUGCUCCUCUCUUCUGACAAAGUUUUUGGAAGAAGAGGAGAGAACCUGUUCCUCGGCAAAGACCAUGGAGGACAACGCAGAAUCUCCGGCUGUAUCGUUAACACAGGACAGGCUUUCAGUUUCACCUCUAGACACCUCAGUUCAGGGUAAGGAGACUCCCGGCAGCUGCCCUGUGGAGGGAUGCACAGAGAUAUUCAGUGGAAAGCGGCGUUCUCUCCUCGGACAUAUUCUGGACGAUCACCGCGGCGACGCCAAACCCUUGGAAACGACGUUCCGUCACGGGAAGGGCAAAUGCAAUAUUUGUAAGAAACCUGUUUUAACUUUGCAGCAUUACCAGCACCACAUUUUAUGGCACAAAGGAAUUCCCAGGCAUCCCUGUCUACAUGAUGGAUGUAAAGCCCGGUUCAGUGCAGCGACAGAAAUGAGGAACCAUGCGAAGACCCAUCAGCCGCUCCUGGCAGUGUGCUGCUUCCCAGGCUGUCGGGAGCGCUUGGCUUGUCUUCCGGAGCUGAACCGCCACGAACAAGAACACUACCGUCUUCCAAAGGAAGGGAAGGAUGAAUCGGUUUCUUCCACCCUUGUCACCAAUACCACCUCUGUUAACGCGAUUAGACCGUGUAAGACGGGGAGGAAUAAGCUACAUAAGAUGCAGGGUGUUAAGAGACGAUGGCCUCUUAGAGAAAAGGAGGGAUCGGCAACUGACCUCACUACUACUGUAAAGGUAACCAGGAAGUAUGACUUGACCAAGACGUUAAAGAAGACGCGGCAUGUUCAUGGAGACCAGGAUCCUCGUACUACUGACCCCUCCACCGUCUCUGUAAAGGUAACAAAUACGGUGAGGAAAUUGCAGGUUAAGAGGAAACCGUGUGUUGGUAAGAAAAUGGACGCCCCCGUCAGCACAUCCAAUGAAAAAGCUGAGCAGGCGAGCAAGAAGUUAAAGAUGAUUCAUAAGGUAAAGAAAGCGUGGGCUGUAAAGAGACAGAACGUUAGCAAAGACAAUUAUACCCCAACUGGUCCAACCACCUCCACCACGAUUACCGCCACUGAAAAAGUUACCAAAAAGCUAAAAAUCAUAAACAAGUUGAAGAAAAUGCGAGUUAUUAAGAAACCGAACGUUAGCAAAGAAAAGGAUCCAGCCACCGACACAAAAGUGACAGAAAAGGUAAAGAAACCGAGUGUUGGAAAAGACCCCAGGAAGAUGUCAAGCGUCAGCACAGACGAGGACACCCAACCUGUUCCUCCCACCGUCACUCCGAAAGUCGCCGAGAAGUUACCCGUGGUGACCGAGAAGUUAAAGAAAACACGAGUUCUAAAGAAACAAAGAGUUAGCAAAGAACCCAAGAGGCCUGUUAGCAAAGAACCCAAGAGGCCUGUUAGCAAAGAACCCAGGAAGACCUCCAAAAAGCCUGUGAAGUCAAAGACCUCUGGUCCAGAGAAACAUGUUAAUGACGUCACAGAAGUGGUAGGAAGGAAAUCAAAGGAAGAAGAUGAUCAACCAUUGGUGGAAACACCGGACUCAACAGCUCGCAGUGUCUGUGACCGGAAGAUGGUUAACGGACACUUAAAGGACCUCGCUGAAGAAUCGCCAAAACACCAGAAAAGUCUCACAACAAGUACACUUUCCAAAUCCAAGAAAUGUGACCCACGAAACCAUAAACCUGCUACUCCCAAACCCCCUACAAAUACUCCCAAAGCCCCUACAAAUACUCCCAAAGCCCCUACAAAUACUCCCAGACCCCCUACAAAUACUCCCAGACCCCCUACAAAUACUCCCAAAGCCCCUACAAAUACUCCCAGACCCCCUACAAAUACUCCCAGACCCCCUACAAAUACUCCCAAAGCCCCUACAAAUACUCCCAGACCCCCUACAAAUACUCCCAGACCCCCUACAAAUACUCCCAAAGCCCCUAUCAAGGAGGAAGCGAAAAACUCACCUUUCUUUGGGAAGAUUAACAACAGGCCAUACAUCCGGCCUCCACCCACGGCCUACCUAGACGAGCGGUACACCACCAUGCCAAAACGCAGGAAAGAGAUGUCCUGGACCCCUCGCUUCUCUCCGAUGCGCCCGGACCACGUGGCGGAGGCGUCGGGGACCACGGCGACACCGUCCGUCCACAGGCAGCGCUGUGCCAAGUGUUUCUUGUCCUUCGACGGCGGAGAAGAGUUGCAGACGCACGUCUCGCUGAAGAAGUGCGCAAAACUUUUCGGCUUCGACUCAGAUGAGGACAGUAGCUCGUGAAAGCUGAUAGACAAGAGGACAUGUUUGGAUGUGCUGCUAGGGAGGGGGGGGGGGUGUGGGGGCUGUUGAACCCCCUCCAAAACCUGCGAGGAGUGUUGAACCCCUCUCGACCCUGCUACCUUACUGAGGGACGACCAGGGUUUACAGGACUCUGACAUGACUUGCUGGCUCGUCUGGGACAGCCAUGCCAGGCCUCCCCUUGUGACUGAGGCUGGCAAUCUGAGGCGGCUCCAACAGGAGACGCCUCUCAACCCUGCUAACCUUUUAUUGAAGAGGAUUCAUCGUGUUAACGCUUUUACAUGACUUGCUGACGAGCCUGGGAUGUGACUGAAGUUGGCCGGUUGGCUACAGCAGAAGACGGAGAACAGUAAAAGGUUGUGACCAUUCCUCCAUGGUCAUAGGAGUGACCUACGACCUUUGAACCCUGACCUCAAAUCCAAAGUUCAAGGGGGUCUUUUGGGCUGACCGAUUUUCGAUUUGUCGACCAGGAAGCGUCUCUAAACUAAAGCCUGAAGGACUUAUGAGGCGGACACUAUGAGACCUGGCCGGCUAGUUAAUAUAUUCUUUGUUUUUUUAAUUUGUUUUCGACCGAAUUGACUUUGGACUGAAGAAGUGCCUGGAACCAACCUGCUACUUCCUGCUUCUCUUCUAUUGGUCAAUGGUCCAGGGGUUUCCUCCCAAUUUUGGCAUCUUAUUCCCUCUAUAGUUGCACUACCCUAUGUGAGCCCUGGUCAAAAGCAGUGUACUAUUAAAAGGGAAUAAUUUGGGCCACGGAGACUUAUUGCCGGGGUCAAGGAAUGACUCUUGAAGAUGUGAGAACUGAUGUUAUGCAGGGAUGUUAACUAUACAAAAUGUUCAAAUAUUUAACACACACUAAAAAAAUAUUUUAUUUUAUUAAAUUGCUCAUCUUUUUUGCUAUUGCACUUGUCACUUAAACCCCAAACCCCCCUAGUGAGUUUAACAGUCAAACUGCCAAGGGGAACGAGACUCCAAAACCUCUUCUAUGGAUUAUGUGUCUACGGCCCACAAUGCAACAACGUGUAUAUUUAGAUAUCGUGUUGUUAGGCAACUGGUAACUGUCCAAAUAAAGGAAACCCUUGAGUAAAUGAGGGGAUACAGAAGUUUGUAUAUGUGUGGGGUGCCAUUUACCUGUCAUGGUCCAGGUCCACUUGUAGAAUCUAUGUCAAGGUGCAUUGAAGCUGUUCUGGCAGCUCGUGGUGACACGACACCUAUUUAAGACAUUUAUGUAGGUGUUUCCUUUAUUUUGGCAAUUACAUGCAUUUGAUAUUUUAACCAGUUAUGAUUUUUUUUUUUUUUUUUUUUUUUACUAUUGAUCCUCUGACUAAAUUCUGUUCAUUGAGAGCAUGCUCCUGUGAUUGGAUAUAUUUUUUUUAUAACUUUUAUAAUUCUUUUGCUUCUUGGGGCCCCAGCCCCUGACUCACACUAAUUGACCCAUCACGUUUAUUUAUUAUGCAGUUUAUUUUAUCAAAUCAGUUACCCAAUCAAGGCAGGGCCCCGCCCAGUUACCCACGUGAAUGCCCCUGCCUCCUCUCCCCUGUCUGAUAAUUAGCGGAGCGGCAGCAGGCUGUCUAAAACUCAUUGACAGCGGGCUCCUGAAUCCUCCUGUGAUUGGCGGUUGCAGUAAAUAAAUAAAAAUAUCUUUAUCUAAUAUAUACUGUAUAUAGGUGUCUUGCCCCCCCCCACCCCACAGGCCUGCGCCCAGGGGCUUCAGCCCCGGUAAGCCCCUGCAUUAAUCCGGCCCUGUAUGUAGGGAACAGGUUGCCAUUUGAGACAAUUGUGUCUGCAAUGUGCAAAGUGUCUUUCAUUUCCAUAUUACCGCUUAAGUUUACUAUAAUACAAACAACGACCUGUUUGAACAUAUUAGCCAUCAGGACGAAACAACAACAACCCGUUUGAACAUAUUAGCCAUCAGGACUAAACAACAACAACCCGUUUGAACAUAUUAGCCAUCAGGACUAAACAACAACAACCCAUUUGAACAUAUUAGCCAUCAGGACUAAACAACAACAACAACCCGUUUGAACAUAUUAGCCAUCAGGACUAAACAACAACAACAAC